AUCAUCUAGGACAAUACCCAGUUUCAUAGGUGAGGACCCUGAGCCAUAGGGAAGCUAUAUGACUUGUCUAAGUCCACUGUUUAGGUAAGAAAUGGAAGUACAAUCCAGGCACUUUAGUACCCCCAACCCGCUAAAUCUAAUCCUUUAAUUUUCAGUCGUGACAAUGCAUUAGAAUCAUCCAUGCACUUCUUUAAAAAUACCCUUUUCCUAAGUCUAGAGUGAAACCUGAGUGUAUGAAUAUUGGAAAUUUCUGUUUGAAAAUUAACAUCUCCAGCCCCUUCCCACUUUCUGACCUCAUUUCCACCUCCCUAACCAAAGCCCUAUCACUUCCAAGCCUGGCUUCUAUGCUUCCAGUUUUCCCCUUAAAUAUAAUUUUGCCAGAUGAAUUUUCCUAAACCACUUCUCAACCCUUAGGGCCUAGAAGAGUCAACCCACCUCUUGUUUAAAAGCUAAUUCCUGGGCACCUGCGUGGCUCAGUCAAUUAAGCAUCUGCCUUCGGCUCAGGUCAUGGUCCCGGGGUCCUGGGAUCACCCCCGUGUCAGGCUCUCUGUUCAGUGGAGAGCCUGCUCUCCCCUGCCCAUCCUCCCCACUUGUGCUCUCUCUCAAAUAAAUAAAACUCUUAAAAUAAAAAAUAAAAGCAAAUUCCUGGGCCUGAUCUUAGUGAUUCUGACUUGGUAGGUCUGGGGCAAGACAUGGGAAUCUGGAUUAAACAAACAAUGGAGAGGGGGUUGAUUCUCUCAUACAGAUGGUCCAAAGAUGGUCCAUGAGAAAAUCACUGCUCCAGUAAAAUGCAGCUGAUGCUUGAACAACCUGGAGGAUAUAAGCACCAACCCCACACAGUUGAAAAUCCAUGUUUGACUCCCCAAAACCUUAACUACCAAUAGCCUAUUACUGAACUUACUUAGAGUCAACUAACAUAUCUCAUACAUUUUAUGUAUUAUAUACUGUAUACUUAAAGUAAGCUAAAGAAAAGAAAAUGUUAUUAAGAAGAUCCUGAGAGAAUGGGGCACCUGGGUGGCUCAGUCAGUUAAGCUCCAACUCUUGAUUUCACUUCAGAUCGUGAUCACAGGGUUGUGAGAUCGGGCACUGGGCAUGGAGUCUUAAGGUUCUCUCCCUCUACCCCUCCCCAUUCUCUCUCUCAAAAAAAGAAAGAAAAUCAUAAGAGAAAAUAUAUUUACAGUACUGCACUAUGUUUUGUUUUGUUUUUUAAAUCACAUUUAAGUGGACCCGCAGUUUGAACCUAUGUGGUUCAAGUCAACUGUAAAUGUUAAUUUUCUGACUAGGCUUUCAAGGCCGUCUGCCGUUAGCCCAUCGUCUUCAAUCUUGUUUUUUCUCUUCUCAACUUGCUGUGCUCCCAAUAAAGCAUGUUCAAACCCAACCGCAAUUCUACUUCUUUCCUUUACCCAUGUUCUCUCUCCCUGUAAUUCCCUAGUGUACUACCCCCAACACAUUCCUUCCUGUAUAAAUGCUAUGCAUUCUUCAAGUCUCUGUUCAAAGUCUGCUCCCAUGAAAAUGGCCCAACUCCUCUUUCCCACAUUGAUUUCUCUUUCUUUACAUGUCUAUAAUGGUGAGUGUUAAUAUUACAUAAUUUUUAAUUUACACAGUAUCUUAUGAGACUUCUGGGUGACACCCAGAAAGGUAAGCCCUCAAGUAACAAGUCAUGUCAUACUUUUUAAUUGCUAGAGCAUCUAGUACCAUAGGAACAAAAGAGCUGCUUAGUAAAAUAUUUUUUAUUAGAUUGGAGUACUCAAGGACUAAGUCUAAGCUGUAUUUAUUUGUAUUUUUAUUUUGCAGUCAAAAAAAGUGAAAUAGAGUGUCUCCUAAGACUUUUUCACAGCUUGGUGGAAAGAGCUAAUGUAAGACUUAAUAAUUCUGGACUAGAUCGUAAUGCUUUUCGAGCGAUCCUGCACAGCAUAUUUGGAAUGACUGAUGAUAUGCUAAUGAAUAGGGUAUUUUUUGCAUUUGACAAAGACAAUGAUAACUGCAUAAAUGCGAAAGAGUGGGUUAAAGGAUUAUCAGUGUUUCUUCGAGGGACUUUUGAAGAAAAGCUUAAGUUCUGUUUUGAAGUUUACUAUUUGAAUGGUGACGGUUACAUUUCUCGAGAAGAGAUAUUUGACAUGUUGAAGAACAGUCUAUGCCAACAGUCAUCUGAAGAAGAGAGUGAUGAAGGAAUAAAAGAGUUGGUAGAUAUAACACUGAAGAAAAUGGAUUAUGACAACGAUGGCAAAAUAUCUUUUGCAGACUUUGAAAAAGCAGUAAAAGAAGAGAGACUUUUGUUGGAGGUGUUUGGACCAUGUUUACCAGAAGCAAAGAAUCAAGCUAUAGAAGUGACCUGGGGUCACCAGCCUGCAUUCUUGAGUUGGGUGGAAGGUAGGCAUUUUAGUGAUCAAGGCGAAAAUGUGGCUGAAAUUAACAGACAAGUUGGUCAGAAACUUGGACUCUCAAAUGGGGACCAGGUGUUUCUCAAGCUGUGUUCCCAUGUGGUGUCUUGUCAGCAAGUCGAGGUGGAACCCCUCUCAGCAGAUGACUGGGAGAUACUGGAGCUGCAUGCUGCUUCCCUUGAACAGCAUCUUCUGGAUCAAAUUCGAAUAGUUUUUCCAAAAGCCGUUUUUCCUGUCUGGGUUGAUCAGCAGACCUACAUAUUUAUCCAAACUGUUGCACUAACACCAGCAGCUGCUUAUGGAAGGCUGGAAACGGACACUAAACUCCUUAUUCAGCCAAAGACCCGCCAAGCCAAGGAGAAUACAUUUUCAGAAGCAGAUAAUGCACAUGGGAAAUUUCAUAAUUCCGGAGGAGACCAAAAAGGAUUAACAGGCACUGGGUCUAAUAAGACAGACUCAGGGGUGACCACUGGCUCACCAUCCAUGCCAAGCUUAUGGACUGUGAUAGGAAGCAUUUUUUCUUUUGGGUCUGAGAAGAAAUCGGAGCUAUCCUGGGGUUUAACUGAAAUGAAUGCAUUCAAAACUAUGCAGUCCAAAGUUGUUCCCCUAGACAAUAUUUUCAGAGUGUGCAAAUCGCAGCCUCCCAGUAUGUGUAACACAAGAGCAACUUCGGAGUUUCACAGACACUGUGCCGUUCAUGUAUUUCCAUGGGACCAGGAAUAUUUUGAUGUGGAGCCCAGCUUUACUGUGACCUACGGGAAGCUAAUUAAGCUAUUUUCUCCAAAGCAACGUAAAACAAAACAAAAUGUCCUGUCACCUGAAAAAGAGAAGCAGAUCUUAGAACCACUAGAUCAAAACCCGAUCAGCUCGGAAGCAGCUAAGGCCUGUGUGCUACAGGUAGUCUGGAAUGGACUUGAGGAAUUGAAGAAUGCCAUCAAAUACACCAAAACUGUAGAAGCUCUUCAUCUUGGGAAAGUCUGGAUUCCAGAUGACCUGAGAAAGAGACUAAAUAUAGAAAUGCAUGCAGUAGUCAGAAUAACUCCAGUGGAAAUUACCCCUAAAAUUCCAAGAUCUCUAAAAUUACAACCUAGAGAAAACUUACCUAAAGGUGUAAGUGACGAAGAUGUAAAGACUGUGUUCUCUUCAUGGCUACAGCAGCGUACUACCACUUCGCUUCCUUUGAUACUGUCAGAGGAAGAAUACAUUAAGCUGAGAAUUGAAGGCGGGUUGAAGGAGUUUUCUCUAAAUAUAGUUCAUUCUUGGGAAAAAGAAAAAGAAAACAUUUUUUUGUUGAGCACUAGUCUGCUGCAGAAGACCACAAUACAAGUCCUUCUAGACCCUAUGGUAAAAGAAGAAAACAGUGAGGAAAUUGACUUUAUUCUUCCUUUUUUAAAGCUGAAGUGCUUGGGAGGAGUGAAUUCCUUAGGUGUAUCCUCCAUGGAACACAUCACUCAUAGCCUCCUGGGACGCCCUUUGUCUCGACAGCUGAUGUCCCUGGUGGCAGGACUUAGGAAUGGAGCCCUUUUAUUCACAGGAGGAAAGGGCACUGGAAAAUCAACUUUAGCCAAGGCAGUCUGUAAAGAAGCAUCUGACAUAUUGGAUGCCCACGUGGAGAUAGUUGACUGUAAAACUUUACGAGGGAAAAGGCUUGAAAAGGUACAAAAAACCCUGGAGCUGGCUUUCUCCGAGGCGGCAUGGAGGCAGCCUUCCGUGAUUCUGCUGGACGACCUUGACCUCAUUGUAGGCCGGCCUGCUGUCCCAGAACAUGAGCACGGCCCUGAGGCCGUGCAGAGCCAGCGGCUGGCACAUGCUUUGAGUGAUAUGAUGAAAGAGUUUAUUUCCAUGGGAAGUUUGGUUGCACUGAUUGCCACAAGCCAGUCUCAACAUUCUCUGCAUCCUUCGCUUGUCUCCACUCAAGGAAUUCAUGUAUUUCAGUGUGUCCAUCAUAUUCAACCUCCUAAUCAGGAGCAAAGGUGUGAAAUUCUGUAUAACGUAAUAAAAAAUAAACUGGACUGUGAAAUAAGCAAUUUCACUAAUCUUGACCUGAAACGUAUAGCUAAAGAAACUGAAGGGUUUGUGGCUAGAGAUUUUACAGUGCUUGUGGAUCGAGCCAUACAUUCUCACCUCUCUCAUCAGAGCAUAUCCACCAGGGAAGAAUUAGCUUUAACAACAUUGGACUUCCAAAAGGCUCUCCAUGGAUUUAUUCCUGUGUCUCUGCGAAAUGUCAACUUGCAUAAACCUAGGGACCUGGGCUGGGAUAAGAUUGGUGGAUUACAUGAAGUUCGGCAGAUACUCAUGGAUACCAUCCAGUUACCAGCCAAGUACCCAGAACUGUUUGCAAACUUGCCCAUACGACAAAGAACAGGAGUACUGUUGUAUGGUCCUCCCGGAACAGGAAAAACCUUACUAGGUGGAGUAAUCGCACGGGAGAGUGGGAUGAAUUUCAUUAGUGUCAAGGGGCCAGAGUUACUGAGCAAAUACAUUGGAGCAAGUGAACAAGCGGUUCGGGAUAUUUUUAUUAGAGCGCAGGCCGCCAAGCCCUGCAUUCUUUUCUUUGAUGAAUUUGAAUCCAUUGCUCCUCGGCGAGGCCAUGAUAAUACAGGCGUUACAGAUCGUGUGGUUAACCAGCUGCUGACUCAGUUGGACGGAGUGGAAGGCUUACAGGGUGUUUAUGUAUUGGCCGCUACGAGUCGCCCUGACUUGAUUGACCCUGCCCUGCUGAGGCCUGGCCGACUCGAUAAAUGCGUAUACUGCCCUCCUCCUGAUCAGGUGUCACGUCUUGAAAUUUUAAACGUUCUCAGUGACUCUCUACCUCUGGCAGACGAUGUGGACCUUCAGCACGUGGCCUCAGUGACCGACUCCUUCACGGGGGCGGAUCUGAAAGCUUUACUUUACAACGCGCAGCUAGCGGCCUUACCCGGACAGCUGCUGUCCUCGGGGCUCCCAGACGGAAGUUCCAGCUCUGACAGUGACCUGAGUCUGUCUUCAAUGGUUUUCCUUAACCACAGCAGCGGCUCUGACGACUCAGCUGGAGACGGGGAGUGUGGCUUGGAACAGUCCCUGGUUUCUCUAGAGAUGUCCGAGAUGCUUCCAGAUGAAUCAAAAUUCAAUAUGUACCGGCUCUACUUUGGAAGCUCUUACGAGUCAGAACUUGGAAACGGAACCUCCUCUGAUUUGAGCUCACAGUGCCUGUCUGCACCGAGCUCCAUGACGCAGGAUUUUUCUGGAGUUCCUGGGAAAGAGCAGCUGUUUUCACGACCUCCGGUGUUGCGAACAGCCUCUCAGGAGGGUUACCAAGACCUCACCCAGGAACAAAGAGAGCAGCUGCGGGCAGAGAUCAGCAUCAUCAAAGGCAGAUACCGGAGCCACAGUGGAGAGGAUGACUCCCUUCACCAACCAGGACCAGUCAAAACCAGUCUGGCUAUUAGCCAGUCGCAUUUAAUGGCUGCUCUCAGUCACACGAGGCCAUCCAUUAGUGAAGAUGACUGGAAGAAUUUUGCUGAACUGUAUGAAAACUUUCAAAAUCCAAAGAAGAGAAAAAAUCAAAGUGGAACAAUGUUUCGACCUGGACAGAAAGUAACUCUAGCAUAAAAGAUGCUCAGUGAUUUUGCUGGCUUGUUCCUAUGUUGUAACAGUAAAAAUGGUGUCUGAAAAGUUCUUUUUAACAAAUUAACUUAAUCUAUAAAAUCACAGAUUGGUAAACCUCUGAUUAUGUAAUAAUCAGGAAUACUUGAAAUUAAUAUGGUAGAAUUGGGAUAUUUAUAACAGAUUCUGUAUCUUAUUUCCUAUAAAUCUAAAUUAAAUCCUUAGUAAAAUUAAUACUGUGCAA